CUCCCUCUCUUUCCCCCUCCUUCUCUGCCUUUUGAGUGUUGUGUGUGUGUGUUGUGUGUCCCGUCCCAUGGUGUGGCGAUGGCCAAGUUGCGGGUGGCCUAUGAGUACACGGAGGCGGAGGACAAGAGCAUCCGCCUGGGCUUGUUCCUCAUCGUCUCCGGGAUCGUCUCGCUCUUCAUCCUGGGCUUCUGCUGGCUCAACCCGGCGCUGCAGGACCUGCAAGGCAAGGCGGCCAACUGCACCGUCCUCUCGGUCCAGCUGCAGACCGGCGAGCUCUUCGAGUGCACCUUCAGCUGCGGCGCCGACUGCAAGGGCACCUCCCGCUACCCCUGCCUCCAGAUCUACGUCAACAGCUCCGAGGCCCCCCAGGCCCGCGCCCUCCUCCUCCACCAGGACCAGCAGCAGCUCCUGGCCAACCCCAAGUGUUCAUAUAUCCCUCCGUGUGAAAGAGAAAAUGAGAAGAACUCUGACAUUGUAACGCACUGGCAAGAUUACUGGGAAGAUGAAGUCGGCUCUCAGCCUUUUACAUGCUACUUUAAUCAACACCUCAGGCCAGACGACGUACUGUUACGACGCACUCAUGAUGAAUCUGUCCUUUUGCAUUGCUUCCUUUGGCCUGUGGUGACAUUCCUGGUUGGUGUCCUCAUUGUGGUUCUGACUAUCUGUGCUAAGAGCUUGGCAGUCAAAGCAGAAGCCAUCAAGAAGAGGAAGCACUCCUAAAACAAGUCCGUUGAAGGGAAAAAUGGAGGGAUUUUUCAGGAGUCGGGCAUGCCAAAUGCAAUUGGCAGGUUCUUUGGUGGUGCUUCUUAGCAGUCCUCAUUCCCAGUGUAUUGCCAGCUGUUGGUCUUGCUGAUGCCUGAAGAGUAAUCUUAGGUGACCACGCUGUGAAAUGUUAACUAGCUGCUUCUGCCACUAUGAAAGCCAACAUGUCUGUUCCAUCAAAUGAUCCUAAGCUGCACCAAACUGGCUCUACUGCAUUAACGAAAUAACCUGAAGGAUGGCUCUUCACUCCAGGUUUCCAGAAUCGACUAAAGGACAGUUUGUGAAAACCCAAAGUGUGGUUGACUACUUCAUCUUAGCAAAACUCUUUCUUAAUAUUUAUUAUUUAGUAUUGAAUAUUUAUUAUUUCGUUUCUCAUAGACUGUAUUUCUGAAAUAAUUAAAAAGUUAUUGGUUUUUA